UCUUGACAGCCAAGCUGCAGUCGAGUUGGCAGUGUAGCCACUAGCUGUAUUGUAUGAACCGGCUCUGAAGUCCAUGGAAAAAUGAAAAACGAACCGUAAUAUCGACCAGUUCACAAUAGUUAAUAUUGUACGACAGUCGGUGUUUUGCUUUUGUUUCCGAUUUUAGUUAGCUCCCUUGUCAGUUAAACCAUACGGUUGAGGACGACAAAUUACAGCUAGCGAAAAGCUAAGCAGCUAGCUAGCUAAAUUUAGCCUGCGUUAGCAAGUCCGACUAACUGUCCCGAACUUGACAGCCCUCAAGGCGAGAAAGAGUUAUCGGCAAUAACACGUUGUUUAAAUCUACAAGUUGUUAAACGUCUUAACGUGCUUAAAUGGAGUCUCUAACUGGAUGAGGAAGGUUGCUAGCAAAGUAGCUAGCUACAAGGCAAUAACAUUAUUUGGCCCGUGUUUGUUUAUUUUUACGUUUCACAAAAAUGUCUUGGCUUGGUGGAAUCAGUUCUGGCCUGGGUCAGUCUUUGGGCCAGGUUGGAGGGAGCCUGCAAUCUUUUACUGGACAAAUAUCCACAUUUACCAAAGAUAUGCUGUUGGAGGGUGUGGAAGAGGUUGGAGAUGCCUCCACUGAGCUGCAGGUGUCCAAUUCCAGGCUGGCGGAGGUGGAGGGUGCGUUUGCCACACAGAAGUCAGAGUGUGAGCGUUUAAAGAAGAUCCACGCUGAGCUUGAGGAGAAGCUGGAGGCCUCGGAGAUCCAGAUCAAGCAGCAGUCUGCAGAGUACAGAAGCCUUCUGCAGCAGAGAGAUGUGGAGAUCAGCCACCUGAAAGCGCGCCAGAGCGGCCUGCAGGAGGAGAUGCACAAGUGGCAGAGUUCCAGCCAGUCCGCCUCCUCCGGCCCCGCCGUGCUCCCCGUGGCCACCUCCACCACGUCCUCCUCCGCCUCCUUCCUGCCACAACCCCCCGGGGACCACCAGGGUUUCCACGGGGACCAGAUGGACUUCAGCGACGUGCUCUGGUCCCAGCAGGAGAUCAACCGCCUCUCCACGGAGGUGCUGCGGCUGGAGGCCGAGGUGGCCCACUGGAGGCGCGUGUCUCAGGCAUCAAAUGCCCCAGGGAACGGCAACGGUGACCAGGGUGAGAUCCUCAAGCUCCAGAGGAUCAUAAACGAGCUGCGAGAGGAGAUGGGCAGAGAGGUGGACGAGCACCAGCACGAGCUGGCCGCCCUGCAGGACGCCCAGCGGCAGAAGCUGACCGAGGUGACGCGGCGCCACCGGGCCGAGCUGGCGGAGUACGAGGAGAGGGUGGAGGAGCUGGAGGAGCAGAUCCACAAUGGUGGGACGGGGUCAAGUUCCCUAACGACGGGCAGCGGCCAGACCUCCCUGGACUCCUCCAGAACCCUGGACCUUCAGAACACCGUCCGGUCUCUACAGGAAGGGGCGGAGCAACAGGACAGGAAGCUGCAGGAGCUGACUGCCAGUCUGGAGGAGGCGCAGAGGGCCGCAGCCGUCCUGCAGCAGGAGAAGGAGGAGGUGCAGGGAGAGAACGCACAGCUGCUGCAGAACUACGCCCGGCUGCAAGCGUCGGUGGUGGAGCUCCAGACCCGGGUGCAGGAGCAGGAGGGGAAGAACCUACACAAGGCCCAUCUGGAUAACGAGAUACAGGGGCUGAGGAAGGCUCUGGCAGAUGCUGAAAAAGAUAUCAUGAGGCUUAAGAGUCCUCCUGAGAGUGAACCAGCAGCAGAGGUGGAACAUGCAGAAAUCCUAGAACUGAACACACUCAUCGGGGCCUUGAGACAAGAGAAGGAGAUGAUCGAACAGGAAAAGCUGGGCCUGCUGGAGAGGCUUAGGGGUGCGGAGGAGCGGGGUGGGGCAGGAGGGGAAGGGGAGGACAGCGAGGGGCUGAGGGCGGAGCUCCAGAGGAUGGAGGAGGCUCUGAAGGAGACCCGGGAGGACCGGGACACGCUCAUGUCUGAGCUGGAGGAGCUGGACCGCCAGAACCAGGAAGCCACACAGCACAUGAUCUCCGUGAGGGAGCAGCUCUCUGGGCAGCUGAAGGAGUCUGAAGCCGAGUUGACCAGGCUGCUGUCUGAGCUCAGUUCAGCCUCUGACCAGAGGGGGGCGCUGCAGCAAGAGCUGGAGGCCCAGAGGGAGAAACUGAGCCAGAGCGCCUUCACGCUGAAUGACCUGCACAUGGGCAAGCAGCAGCUGGAGAGCACAGUGAAGGAGCUGAGAGAGAAGCUGGGACACGCUACGGAGCAGGGGCGCGAGGCGCGAGGAGAGGUGUCGGAGCUCAGGAGAAGCCUACAGGAGCGGGAGGAGCAGCUGUUUGCUGCCAGGGCGGAGCUCCGUCAGGCGGGGGAGAGAGGGGCCGAGGGCGGGGGAGAGGAGCUCGCCGCGAAGGAGCGCGAGUCGGAGGAGCUCCGGAAGGAGCUGGCCGAGAUGAGGAACUCCCACGAGAAAGUGAUGUCAGAGGACUACGAGGGCAAGAUGGAGAACAGGAGGUUGAAGACGGAGGUCGAGGAGGCCGCGGGCAGGGCGGAGGAGCUGGGCCGGCAGGUGAGGGAAGGCCAGGCGGCCCUCAGCAGGUUGGCCCUGGAGAAGGACACUCGCAUCGAGGCCCUGAAGCUGGAGAAGAGCCAGCUGGAGGGCGAGCUGAGCCAGGCGGAGCUGGCGCUGGCCGAACAGACCAGGCAGUACCAGAACACCGUGGAGGAGCUGACACGGGCGCGCUCCCUGGACGCCACCGCCUUGCAGACGGAGCACGAGAGGGCCGUGCGGCUGAACCAGGAGAAGGACCUGGAGAUCGGCCAGCUCCGGAGGGACGUGGAGCAGGGGGCAUCCGACCACAGGGACACCAACGAGAUGCUGGCCAUGACCGUGGCCGGGCAGAAGCAGCUGACGGACCUGCUCCGGGAGAAGGACGCCCUCAUGGAGACCCUGAAGCAGGGUGCGGCCGAGGCCCGGAGCGAGGCGGAGGGACGGCUUCUGGCGGCCUCCAAGGACGUCGAGGCGCUGAGGCAGGCGGCGGAAGAGAAGGACAGGCAGCUGGGAGGGAUGAAGGAGGAGAACAGCCACCUGAAGGAGGAGUUCGACCGCCUGAGGGACCAACAGAGCCGGCCCCAGCCCCUGGCCGAGCCGCGGACCCUGGACAUCAUCACCGAGCUCGAGACGGAGAUCACCCAGCUCAAGUCCGCCAGGAGCAACCUGGAGGAGGAGGUCCUGGCCCUGAGGAGGGCCACGGAGGAGGAGCGGGCCUCGCUGCUCGCCGCCCAGCAGUCCCUCCAGGCGCAGCAGAACGAGCUGGAGCAGGCUCACUCGCGCCACGAGCAGAGCACGCUCAACUACGACCGGCUCAUCCACGCCAAGGACCAGGAGAUCUCCCGCCUGCUGCAGGCGGUGGAGGGGCUCGCCGGGCGCCACAACCAUCCCCCGUCCGUACCGGAAGUGGUCAUCAUGCAGGAGGACAAGACCCAGUCUCUCAACGGGGAGAACGGCAACGAGAAGCACGACCUGUCCAAGGGAGAGAUCGAGAGGCUGGUGAAGGGCAUCAAGGAGAAGGAGACCGAGAUCACCCAGCUGAACGAGAAGAACCUAUCCCUGGCCAAGCAGCUGGACCAGCUGGUGGUGUCGCGGGACGAGCUGGGCAAGCUGUCCCAGAUGAUCACGCAGAAGGACCGCGAGAUCCAGGCCCUGCACGCCCGCAUGUCCGGCGGCCCCUCCCAGGACGUGAUGUUCCUCCACCAGCAGCUGCAGGCCUACGCGGUGGAGAGGGAGCAGGUCCUGGCCGUGCUCAACGAGAAGACCCGGGAGAACAGUCAGCUGCGCUCCGACUACCACCGCAUCAUGGACAUCGUGGCGGGCAAGGAGGCGGCGCUGCUGAAGAUGCAGCAGGAGAACCAGCGCCUCUCCACCAUGAGCGACCCGUCCGGCAGCCAGGAGAUGUUCCGCGAGACCAUCCAGAACCUGUCGCGCAUCAUCCGGGAGAAGGACAUCGAGAUCGACGCCCUGACCCAGAAGUGCCAGACCCUGGUGAGCGUCCUCCAGGCCUCGGGGGGCGAGGCCGGCACUGGCUCGGGGGGCGUGAGCAGCAACCAGUUCGAGGAGCUCCUGCACGAGAGGGACACGCUCAAGCAGCAGGUGAAGAAGAUGGAGGAGUGGAAGCAGCAGGUGAUCACCACGGUGAAGAACAUGCAGCACGAGUCGGCCCAGCUGCAGGAGGAGCUGCUCAAGCUGCAGGGCCAGGUGUCCGCCGACAGCGACUGCAGCUCCAAGCUCUCCGUCGACUACUCCCGCCUCGUCCAGAGCUACGAGCAGAAGGAGAGGAAGCUGGGGAGCCUGAGCCAGGAGCUGGCCCAGGUCCAGCAGACCAUCAGCCAGCUCAGCACCACCAAGGCCGUCCUGCUGGGGAAGCUGGACUGCGUGUCGCCGGAGCCGCCCCUCGCCGACCAGUCCCCCGGGCCUUCCCCGGCGGCCGAGCAGGGGGCGGCGGCCGCGUUCGGCGAGACCCAGCAGCGCGAGCUGCAGUCGCUGCGGGCUCUGCUGGCCGAGAGGGAGUCGAUGGUCAGGACGCUGCAGGAGAACAACCACCGCCUGUCGGACUCGGCGUCGGCGUCGGAGGGCGAGCAGCGGGGCCAGGCAGAGGAGGCGAGGCAGGCGAGGGAGCGCCUGGAGGCCCUGCAGCGGUCCGUCCGGGAGAAGGACCUGCUCAUCAAGUCCAAGGGGGACCACCUGAGCCAGGUGAGCGAGGCGCUGAGGAACCGCGAGAGUGACAACGAGGUGCUGAAGCAGGCGGUCACCAACCUGAAGGAGCGCGCGCUGAUCCUGGAGAUGGACGGCCGGAAGCUGAAGGAGGAGAACGAGGCGGUGGCGGCGCGUUCGCGCGAGAAGGAGUCCGAGUUCCGGGCGCUGCAGGAGACCAACAUGCAGGUGUCGCUCAUGCUGAGGGAGAAGGAGUUUGAGCGCUCCGCCAUGAGUGAGAAGACCGCUGCCAUGGAGAAAAUGCUGAAGGACAGAGAUCAGGGGAAGAGUGUGGAGCUGAACCAGCUGCUGAAUGAGCUGCGCUCCAUGCAGGAGCGGGCCGUGGCCUUCCAGCAGGAGAGAGACCAGCUGAUGCUGGCGCUGAAGCAGAAACAGAUGGAGACCACGGCGGUGCAGGCCGAGUUGCAGCGCAUGAAGGACAAGGAGCAGCGUCUGAACCUGGAGCUGGAGCGUCUGCGGAGCCACCUGCUGGAGACGGAGGACUCGUACACGCGCGAGGCGUUGGCGGCCGAGGACCGCGAGGCAGAGCUGCGCCGGAGGGUGACCAUGCUGGACGACAGGCUGGCCACCUCGUCCAGCGCCGUGGAGAACGCCAGCCAGCAGGCCAGCCUGCAGGUGGAGUCCCUGCAGGAGCAGCUGAGUGGGGUGGUGAAGCAGAGAGACAAGGCCCUGCUCCAGCUCCACGCCUCCCAGGAGCAGGUCAACCAGUACGCAGUCUCCCUCUCCAACCUGCAGAUGGUGCUAGAGCAGUUCCAGCAAGAAGAGAAGGCCAUGUACUCCUCCGAGCUGGAGAAGCACAGGAGGGAGAGGGACGAGUGGAGGAGGAAAGCCCUGCUGCUGGAGGACAAAGCUGCUGCUCUGCAGGUGACCCUAGACGAGGCCAACGCCGCUCUGGACUCGGCCUCGCGCCUCACCGACCAGCUGGACCUGAAGGAGGAGCAGCUGGAGGAGCUCAGGAAGCAAGUGGACGUUCGUCAGGAGAUGUUGGAGGAGGCCCAGACCAAGCUGAUGAGCCUGCUGAACACUACAGAGGGAAAGGUGGAUAAGGUCCUGAUGCGCAACCUGUUCAUGGGCUACUUCCACACGCCCAAGAACAAGCGAGCAGAGGUGCUGAUGCUCAUGGGGAGCGUGCUGGGCCUGGACCGGGACAAGGUCAUCCAGAUGCUGGAUGAGGACGGCCGUCAUGGGGUAACUGGCUGGGUGUCCAGCUGGCUGGGGGGCAGGGCAGUACAGAGUGUCCCAAACACCCCCCAGAGACCCACCCAGGGUCAGGGCUUCAACUCGUCUUUCUCAGAAAUGUUUGUGAAGUUCCUGGAGGUGGAGUCCACCCCAGCCCUGCCCCCAGCCAGGCUGUCAGUCCACGACAUCAAGCCCCUGAACCCCACUCCUCCAGGCAGAACCAGCAACUCCACCCCUCUGGGAGGAGGAAUGGCAGCCGUCAGGAGAGCCGGGGAGUCCAACCCCUUCCUGGCCCCGCGGUCUGCUGCAGUACCCCUCCUCAGCAAGGGGGGCGCCGCCUCUGGGGGAGCAGGGGGCCACCUGCUCAUGAAGCCCAUCUCUGAUGCCCUGCCCACCUUCACACCCGUGCCCGUGUCAUCCGAAGCCAGCGGUGGCAACGUGCUCAAGGACUUACUCAAGUAGUGACGAGAUAGACGGAUCUGGGGGUCCUGACUUGUCCAUCCAGACAUCUCGCCAAAACAAUGGAUCCCGAUAAACACACACACACACCCUCUCUGUUUGGAUUAGUUAAGUCUGAAGAGAUUGAACUGAAAAACUGUUCGUUCCUUUGGAAAUGGCUGUUGAACGCAUAUGGUGUUCUCUUAAAGGGGGGGGACUGUGUAAGGGUUCAGCAAAGUGUGGUAACAUUACAGGUCUUAAAUAAAGAGGAUCUGCUGUUUUCCUGUAUGCAACAGUGCAAUAACUAUCAUCUCCUGUGUAUGUGAAGGAGGCCUCUGAGUAUGCUACAGAACCAGUGGUUAUUUACAACCACAGAAGAUUUUCAAAUGUUAUUUCUUUUUGUUUGGCAUUUAUUCCCUUAUUUUAUCCCUACUGUGUGAUCUGGCAUCUGACACAGGGUUGCCUGGUGCUGUCUGGAACCAGCCUCGCCUGCAGAUUUAUGUGCCUCUGUGCAUCUGGUAAAAUUAUAGACAUUUCUGCUAAAUCUUGGAUUUUCCAGACAGCUAGACGGUAGUAUGCCACAUAGUGGGGUGAUUAUAGCUGUAAUUAUGGGUGUGGUUUGAUCAGAGGACUUGGACUAUAAAACUGCAGUUUAAUGGCAGGACUAUUAUAUAGUUAUAUAUAUAUAUAUAUGUAAAUGGGUGAUUUUUCAUAUUUAUGGGGGCUUAGUGCCUAACGUUUUUGCUAUUUGGAAUAGUGUAUGAUUUGGUUUGUAAAUGAUGAAUACAAAUAUAUAUUUACAAGUUGUAAAACUGCACAUUGAAAGGUUUACAGAUUAUGAAAGCUAGCCAACGGUGUAACAUGACAAAAGACUGCAGAAUGAAUGUUACAGACGCUUCUCCAUGUAGACAAAAAUAUGAAAAGGGGUCCCGGUUGUUCAGACUCUUGUUUAGAAGUGGUUAAAACAGAUCUAAUCACCUUAAACUGGAGGGUAUUAUGUAGAGUACGAGGCACUUUUGAGUAUGUUGCUUUUCUGAUGAAAUAAAGAUAUCCCCCUA